AUGACUGAAGCCGAGGCAGUGAUCCGUGAUCAGUCCGGAUGGAUCGUGACGAGUGCGAAGAAGGAUCUGGGACCCCUGGACUUUACCGGCCGCAUCGGAGGUGGCAUGAUGGCGGAUAUCCGGCGCCGCGCGCCCUUCUACGUGAGCGACUGGACUGAGGCCUUUUACCCCGAGAACCUCCAGAAGACGGCCUCCACCAUUCUCUACCUCUUCAUCGCGGCCUUGGCGCCGGCGAUCACGUUCGGAAGCCGCUUCCUGGACGGCACCAACGGUCAGUUCGGUGUUCUGGAGAUGAUCAUGUCCACGUCCAUCAGUGGAAUGCUCUUCAGCACCUUUGCCGGGCAGCCUUUGUCGAUCCUGGGCGCCACGGGACCUUUCUUGGCCUACACCUUGGUGGUCUAUGAUUUGGGCAUCGCCUUCAACCUGGAAUUCAUGCCCUUGUACUUCUGGACCUGCAUGUGGUGCGCAUUCUUCACCAUUGUGGUUGCCGUGUUCGACCUUUGUGCCCUCAUGAAGCAUGUGACUAUGUUCAGCGAAGACAUCUUCGCGGGACUCAUCAGUUUGAUCUUCAUCAUCGACGGAGUCAGGCCGAUCAUCCAGAACUUCGCUGACUGCUGGUUCGUGAGCACUGAGUGCGUGCCGCCGGUGCCCUUGCCAAGCGCCUUCUUCGAGCUCUUGCUCUUCCUUUACACCUUCGGAGUCGCCAGCUACCUGUCCCACUUCCGCCGCACCCCGUGGCUUCUGCGUCCCGUGCGAAACUUCUUCGCCAACUUCGCUGUGACGUUCUCCCUGCUUACGGCCAGUGCGCUCGCGGCCAUUUACUCGACGGAGACGAACUUGCGGAUGCUCUCCGUGGAGGCUGAGCUGGCACCGGCACUGACCCUGAGUUCGGGCGCCAAGCGGCCGUGGAUCGUGAAUCCCAUGGGUAUCGAGACGGAAUUCCCUGUCUGGGGCAUCUUCUUCGCCAUUGUGCCUGCAAUUGGGUUCGCGGUCCUGGGAUACUUGGACCAGAACUUGACCAGCGUCAUUGUCAAUCGGCCAUCCAACAACCUCCAGAAGGGCCCCGGCUACCAUCUGGACCUAUUCGUCCGCGGCGCUGUGACGUUGCCCGCCUGCGCCUUUCUGGGGCUGCCGCUCUCUGUGGCCUCCACCGUGCCCUCCAUCACCCACGUGAUCUCUUUGACCACCUAUGAGGUGCAGCAGCUGCCGCAGGGUGAGCGCAAGGUGCCAGUGAAAGUGGUGGAACAGAGAGCCACGAACUUCCUGAUUCAUGUCCUCAUCGGCUGCGCCUUGUUCUUGGCUCCGGUGCUGAAGUUUCUGCCCCGCGCGGUGCUGCAAGGCGUCUUCUUUUACAUGGGUAUCGCCUCCUUGACAGGCAACAACCUCUUCGAUCGCUUCUUCUUGUUGUUCAAAUUGGAACGCAGGAACCGGCCUUCCUACAUUUACGUCCAGAAGCUGCCCAUCAAGCGCGUGCACCUUUACACCCUGGUGCAGCUCAUUUGCCUUGCCAUCCUUUAUGGCUUGAAGGAGAUCAAGGAGACCUCCGUGGUCUUCCCCUUCUUCAUGGCUUCGCUGGCGAUCAUUCGCAAGGCCUUGCGGUGGAUGUUCACCCCGGAGGAGCUUAAGUAUUUGGACUCCUACCCAGAUGAGGACGAGGAAGAGGAGAUGGGACCACAGCCGGACUUGGAGAACCUCCCUGAGCCCCCCCAGGAAAGCAACGAAGUCAAGAAGACCGGGGAGAAGGAGGUGGAGAUCUAA